CCCGGCCCCUCGCCGCUCCCCCCUCCUCCCCUCGGGGCCUUUGUCCCUUCCCGGCGAGCGGCGGACAGUCCGGCUGGACCAUGUCUUUCCAGGGCAAGAAGAGCAUCCCGCACAUCACCAGUGACCGGCUCCUCAUCAAAGGUGGACGGAUCAUCAACGAUGACCAGUCCUUCUACUCCGACGUCUACCUGGAGGACGGACUCAUAAAACAAAUAGGCGAGAACCUGAUUGUCCCCGGCGGCGUGAAGACUAUCGAGGCCAGUGGGCGGAUGGUCAUCCCCGGAGGGGUGGAUGUCAACACGUACCUGCACAAGCCCUCCCAGGGCAUGACGGCGGCUGACGACUUCUUCCAGGGAACCCGGGCGGCCCUGGCGGGCGGCACCACCAUGAUCAUUGACCACGUGGUCCCGGAGCCUGGCUCCAGCUUGCUGGCCGCCUUUGAGAAAUGGCACGAAGCUGCCGACAGCAAGUCCUGCUGUGACUACUCCCUCCACGUGGACAUCACAAGCUGGAGCGACGGCGUCCGGGAAGAGCUGGAGGUUCUGGUGCAGGACAAAGGCGUCAACUCCUUCCAAGUCUACAUGGCCUACAAGGACCUCUACCAGAUGACCGACAGCCAGCUCUACGAAGCCUUCACCUUCCUUAAGGGGCUGGGUGCGGUGAUCCUGGUGCACGCAGAGAACGGGGACUUGAUAGCUCAGGAGCAGAAGCGCAUCUUGGCCAUGGGCAUCACGGGGCCCGAGGGCCACGCCCUGAGCAGGCCCGAGGAGCUGGAGGCUGAGGCCGUGUUCCGGGCGGUCACUAUCGCCAGCAGGAUCAACUGCCCCGUGUACAUCACCAAGGUGAUGAGUAAGAGUGCGGCCGACAUCAUCACCCUGGCCAGGAAGAGAGGGCCUCUGGUGUUUGGUGAGCCCAUCGCUGCCAGCCUGGGCACAGACGGCACCCACUACUGGAGCAAGAACUGGGCCAAGGCCGCGGCCUUCGUCACCUCCCCGCCUCUGAGCCCAGACCCCACCACACCUGACUACCUGACCUCCCUGCUGGCCUGUGGGGACCUGCAGGUCACGGGCAGUGCGCACUGUCCUUACAGCACCGCCCAGAAGGCCGUGGGCAAGGACGACUUCACCCUGAUCCCCGAGGGUGUGAACGGGGUGGAGGAGCGGAUGACGGUCGUCUGGGACAAGGCGGUGGCCAGCGGCAAGAUGGACGAGAACCAGUUUGUGGCAGUGACCAGCACCAACGCCGCCAAGAUCUUCAACCUGUAUCCGCGGAAGGGACGGAUUGCCGUGGGCUCAGAUGCCGAUGUGGUCAUCUGGGACCCUGACCGCGUGAAGACCAUCACGGCCAAGAGCCACAAGUCGGUGGUUGAGUACAAUAUCUUCGAGGGCAUGGAGUGCCACGGCUGCCCGCUGGUGGUCAUCAGCCAGGGCAAGAUCGUCUUUGAGGACGGAAACAUCAACAUCACCAAGGGCCUGGGCCGCUUCAUCCCCAGGAAGCCCUUCCCCGAGCACCUGUACCAGCGCGUGCGCAGCCGCAGCAGGGUGUGUGGACUGCAGGGCGUCCCCAGGGGCAUGUAUGACGGCCCCGUGUUUGAGGUGCCCGCCACGCCCAAGUACUCGCCACCCGCGCCGUCGGCCAGGUCCUCGCCCUCCAGGCACCAGCCCCCACCCAUCCGGAACCUGCACAAGUCCAACUUCAGCCUGUCAGGCGCCCAGACGGAUGACAACAACCCCCGGCGUACGGGUCACCGCAUCGUGGCGCCCCCCGGUGGCCGCUCCAACAUCACCAGCCUGGGCUGAGCCUGGCCCCUCGGGCUAGAGAGCGAGAGAGGGCCGGUCUCCAGAGCCUCUUCCUCGCAGGCCCCUGUGGCGACCCCUCCCCGGGGCCAGCCUCGCGCGGCAGCUGGGAGCCAAGCAGCCUGGAAGUGGGUUCAUGCGGUGAGCUCCUGCGGCCAGGGUCCCCCCCCCAUGUCACCUCCUCAGUGACCUUGAGUUCUCGCGCCAUCUCCCCCUUUCUCCUCCGCCCCCGGCCCCCAGACCCCCGUAGUUGUUCUAGGAUAGUCGAUGCAUGUUGCUAAGUUAUGUGUGCAAGUCUGAGUGUGCCCUCAGAACGCCAUGCAGUCACCAUGAUGAUGACGAGAUGUCAGCGGUAUGAGUUCUCACCCCCCCCAAUGCCACUGGUAGAGAGCCCCCCUCCCCACCUCGCAGAGCAACCCCAAGUCUACAGAGAGCCAGGGAACUCCCAUCGGGAGCCGAGAACCAUCGUCCGAGUCUCGUGUCAGCAGCCCAGCCCCCGUGGCCCCCGUGAGCCCCCGCGUGUGACCCCACGGCCCCCCACCCCUGCCAGCUCUGGACAUCAGGCUGAGCCAGGGCUCCCCCAUCCCCACCCCCACCCAGGGCUGACACCCGAUGGAGCCGUCAGAUUUUUAACGUUUUGUACAGAGGCUUUCCUUUGUAAUCACCCCCAUUUUUACUUAAGGACUGACUUCUUGUGGCUCUUAUUUCUGGAUUCUAAGCUCGUGAAAAAAUAAAGGAGAUGGACAAGCUUG